GGCAUUAAACUGAGUGCUUGAGAUAGUUCAUCUAGAGUGAUUGGUGUCUCCAACCUCUCUUUUCUCCUCUCACUGACCACUGGAAACCCAUCCCAUAGCUCCUCACAGGCUUCUGGAGGGAUGGGCUCUGGAGAAAAAAGGUAGGACCGGGCUCUGUUCUGGAUAGCCUCCGGAUCCUCAAGGGGGGUGCCAUUCUCCGCAAGAAGGCAUGUGAUUUGUUUUCGGUUCCCCGUCUUCUUCUCCAGAGCAGAGAAGAAUUGUGAACUUCAAUCCAUAUCACAGAGUAACUGCAUCCGACUUCGCACAAAGGAACCACAAGCCUGUCGCUGUUCCAUGUUACGCAUCGCUUCUUUCCUUUCUAGGUAUUCACACUGAAGGGCUUGAUCUUCAGAGCCUAAUAGCCUUUGCUCAAGAUCAAGCAUCUCCCCAUUCAGUGCCUCAAUCUCUGCAUUGAGCUGCCUGCUCACACUUUUGGUAUACUCUUGACACAAAAGCUUUAGGUGAAACUUACCUACAUCCCACCACUGAUUCAAUGUGGCAAAUUCAUCCUGAAAAGCCCUCCAGCUUCUCCAUGUAUCCCAAACUGACUUUGCAAAACCCUCAUCUUCUAAUAAAAUGUUGUUAAAGUGCCAGUCAACAGCUUUUGGCAGAGAUGGUGUGAUUGACAUUCUCAGGGAUACACAAUUGCGGUCUGAGAAUGGUGCUAAUCUUAUAGUGCUCGACUGGGCUUGUGAAAUGAGAUGGCUCGAUAUAUAUAUCCUAUCAAUCUGGAAUUGAAAAACAUGACCAUCUCUCAUCCUGACAUAGGUGAAGGCAUCCAUCUCUGGGUUCUGUUCUCUCCAGACAUCAACCAAGGAGAAAUGAGCAAUUAGUUCUCAAUAAACUGACUCAGACGAGUCCCUUUUCUUGUGUACAUUGCGGUCUCGAGCAUCAAGGGUCAUACAGAAUUAAUAGAUUAUAUGUUCUACUUGACUCCUGGACCCAAAGAUGUAAUAGAUGGCCAGGGAUGACAGAGUUGGCACUCAGCACCUCUGCCUGGAAGUAUACUAAGAAAAGGGUCACAAUCCCACAUGACGUAAUCCUCACUGCUUCAUCGCUGUGGCAGCCUUGCUAUCUGGGGCCCUUCUUGCCAUAUGUGGAAUCUGUUUGACUAAUCUUAGCCUGACACCCAUGUAUGUUGAAUUUUGAAUUAAGUUUGAUAUUUAUACAUGGUUUGAACUAUGACUAGCGUUGGAAACAAGAGAGCUGAUUGGCCUGCAAGACUUCGAUUGCAAGGCUGCUACAGCGAUGAAGUAGUGAGGAUUACAUCUGCGGAGAGGGCUGCCUUAAUAUCUCCCUCCCAUCACUACAUAAAAUUAGCAUGGACUACACUUAAGAGGAAGUGUAUUGCUUUCUAUGACUAACCCAGAGAACAACAUCUCUAAGUCUGGCUACAUUUGGAGACUGAUAACAGUGACAGAGUGGUAAAUGACUGGCAAGGUGGCAGGAGAAAUCAACAAUGAUCCCUCAAUGUGGACCUACCUUGAAUUGGAGUGCAAAUAUGGAGCUGGCGCUUACCUAUAUGGUUCACCUCAGACUGGCCUGCUACCCAGAAGUAUGUGCCGGACAAAGUGGUCAUUCCUCUAUUCGAUCGGAGGAGUUCCCUGGCGGCGGUGGUGAGUAUUCCACUGUGGAUUUGACCAGGGAUUCCCACUGGGGGGCGAUUUGAUGUACAUGCAUAACUUACUUGAAAAUGCAGCAGAAGACUGUGGGUAUCCUUGAGGAUGAACACAGACACUGAAAGUGACUUUGAUGGCAUUUGGGGUCAACAGAAACUUAUUAGUAAUUAAUACACAGAGAGUGAUUUUAUUAUUAGAGGACUUGCUGAACAUUCCCUGUGGGGUGGUUUGGAUUUUUUUGAUAUUUUUAUACAUCUUAACUUCUUUCUUUGAUCAUGUAUGUGGUUUGUGUAGAUGGUGUAGACAUUAAACAUUUGAGAACAGAGUAAGCACAUAUUUGCAGUAUUUAUGGUGAUUUAUAUAUAACAAUAUUGGUGAGUGAGCACUUAUUUUUUUAUAUGGGGAGAUUCAUCACUAGGAUUUAAGGGGUAACACAUUUUUACACAAAUUAAAUUUUUUUGGUAUGUAUACAGUUAAGGUGACCCUAAUAAUCAGGGGCGGGUUAAUGAACACAUAAUUUUGGUGAGAGCUUUACCAUAAGUAACCACAAUAGAUCCAGGACUUUACAUGUAGAUAAAAAGCAUACCACAAAUAGAUUGUUCCAUGUUGGUCCCUACAUAACAACAUAAUUAUAUGGUAUUUUACCAUGUCGGCCCUUCAUAGCAACAUAAUUAUAUGGUAGGUUACCAGGCCGGCCCUACAUAGCAACAUUUUUACAUGGUAGGUUACCACGUCAAUAUUGUUAUAUGGUAGAUAACCAUGUCGGCCCCUACAUAGCAACAUAAUUACAUGGUGGGUUAUCAUGUCAGCCGCUACAUAGUAACAUAAUUAUAUGGUAGGUUACCAUGUCAGCUCUUACACAGCAACAUAAUUAUAUGGUAGGUUACCAUAUUGGCCCCUAUAUAGCAACAUUAUUAUAUGGUAGGUAACCAUGAUGGCCCUUACAUAGCAACAUAAUUAUAAGGUAGGUCACCAUGUCAGCCUUUGCAUAACAAAAUAAUUGUAUGGUAAGUUACCAGGAAAGGGUAAGUGAGGGAGAGCCAUAUAGUGGGCGUGUGAUUUAAUAAGGGGUAAUUCAUUUAAGUGUGUCUGAAUGUUAACUAAAGAAAAGACUUAUACCACAAGAUUUAAUAGUGCAAAAGUGUAAGUGGAGAGGUAUACCGAUGAGUUGACUCAAUGAUUCACAUAUUAGCAACAUAAGUAACUGAAUCUGUUUCUUUUAUUGUAACAUUGUGCUGUUUAUACCUUAUCUGAUGGCAUUGUAAUGUUAGGUUAUAUGUAUUAGUAUUGGUUUAGCUGUUAUGUGCUGCCACCUAGUGGACCAUUUUAGGAUAGCUGCCCACAUGUUAAUUAGACUUGUCAUUCAAGGUUAAGCCUUCCCACUAAAGUUCACAGGAAGUAGAGGAGAAUCCAUUUUGAGCACACACAGACAGCUCACAAGCAGAGGGACAGAACUCCUUAGGAUCUUUCACUUUUACACAGGCCCCUGGUUACAUAACUUUUUACAAAAAGGAUAAUAAAAUAAGAACCCAUAUAAGGAUAAAGCAUUCAAGUUUAUUCAACUCACAGAGCAUUCUGAGUAUUCUUUGCUGAGUCUUAUGUGGAGUGUGUUAAGCUGGCUGGUUAACCUAUAUUACGCAAAAGCACAGUAUAGUGUGGAAACAGUACAGUAAAAAGAUGGUUGCAGCAGACCUGCAUACAGAAGUGACUGCGUUUCAAACAUGAGUCUGAGAUCAGGGAAGAAGUAUAUGCCUGAAGAUGGGCCCCCCAUGAGACAGCAUGGCAGGGAGAAAGCUAGCGCCCAGCAAGAUGAGUUAUCGUCACAUGCGUCAAAAUCAUCUAGGUCUAGCUAAAUGUCUUCAGCAAGUUCCCUAGCACUCAAAGCACGAGCGAAGGCAGAGGCCGCACGUGUACAGCUAGCCUUUGCGGAAAAAGAAGCUAGUGUGAAAAGAACAAUCGCAGAAAAGCAGGCUAGCAUGAAACGAGAAAUGGCAGAAAAACAGGCUAGCAUGAAACUAGAAAAAGCAGAAAGAGAACGAGAAAUGGCAGAAGCAGAACUGCAAAUUCUGCAGUGUCAGAGAGAAGCCGCCGCAGCAGCAGCUGAAGCCGCGGCCUACCUAGAAACAUAUUCAUCAGAGAGUGAGGGUACCCAUGAAGGUCCAGAAGUGCCAGAAAAACCUCUUUCCUCUGCAGAACGUGCAAGUGAGUAUGUUCAGUGGUUUACUAGUAUGCCAACUACUGAAUGAUCGAUUAAAACUGAGCCAGCGGAAGUAUACAGGCCUAAGCCAGCGGAAGUAUACAGGCCUAAGCUAGCAGAAGCAUACGCAACUAAGCCUGCAGCAGUUACAAGUACACCAAAGCAGCGCUACAGUGCCAGUGACAUCAAACCAGCUAGAGAAUAUCCAGCAGAAUACCCUAGAGACAGAAUUCAGAGAUUCCCAUUGCCUCAGCCUAAAGAUUGUGCGCCUGAGCAACAAUGCAUACAAGAUAUCACUAAAUAUCUGCUACGCAAAGAAGCAGUUAACUCAAGCUUCAUCAAGUUUGAUGACUCCCCUGAAAAUUACUGGGCUUGGAAGUCCUCCUUCCUGAAUGCAACCAGAGAUUUGAACCUUUCAGCCUCAGAGAUGCUUGACCUGAUGAUAAAAUGGCUAGGUAGUGAGUCGGCCGAACAUGCAAAAAGUAUGCGUAGGGUGCAUUUGUUUAACCCCUCAACAGGACUUGAUAUGGCUUGGCAGAGACUAGAGAAAAAAUAUGGCUCACCUGAAGUAAUUCAGCGAACAUUACAAAAAAGGUUAGAGGCCUUCCCCAAGCUGACCAACAAAGAUAACAAAAAACUAGAACAAUUAGGAGAUCUUCUUCUGGAGAUAGAGUGUGCUAAAGAAGAAGGAUAUCUGAGAGGUCUAACAUACUUGGACAACAAUGCUAUUGGUCUUAAUCCCAUAGUGGAGAAACUACCAUACCACAUGCAAUUAAAGUGGGCAUCUGUUGGAACCAAGUAUAAAACAGAAGCAGAAGAAGAUUAUCCCCCUUUCUUUGUGUUUUCCAGGUUUGUGCAGCAGCAAGCACAGAUGAAGAACGACCCCAGCUUUGCCUUUUACAGCAACAGCGAUCAACUGCCUAAACCUGAAAGGCCUUCCAGAUACCACGGUAAGACCUCUGUGUCCACACACAAAACAUUCGUCCCUACGGGAACCUCACACUCUCAAACCUGCAGCAAGGAGGGCAGUAUAGAGAGCCCUGAUAGACAAUGUCCAAUUCACCGAAAGCCCCAUCCUUUAAAAAAGUGCAAAGGAUUCAGAGGUAAACCUAUUGGUGAAAGAAUGUAUUUUCUCAGACAGAACGGCAUCUGCUUCAAGUGCUGUGAAUCCACCAAACACAUUGCCAGAGACUGUAAAAUAUCAGUGAAGUGCUCAGAAUGUGGCAGUGAGAAACACAUUGCAGCCUUACACCCUGACUCACCUGCGCCACCAGCAGAGACUGUACAAGCAGAGACAGAUCACGGCAGGGAGCCUAGUGACAGAUCAUCUCCUCCAGUAAUGUCUAAGUGCACUGAAAUCUGUGGCACAGGUAAGAGCUUUCGAUCAUGCUCUAAAAUAUGUUUAGUGACUGUGUUCCCCUCUGGACAAAGAGAGCGAGCAGUGAAAAUGUACGCAGUUCUCGAUGAGCAAAGCAACCGAUCUCUUGCAAAGUCAGACUUUUUCAACAUCUUCAACAUUAAAACUACUGUAGCUCCAUACACUUUAAAGACUUGUGCAGGCAUUACAGAAACUGCAGGCAGAAGAGCCACAAACUUUAUUGUUGAAUCCUUUGACAGAAAAACACAGCUCCCUUUACCUGCAUUUAUAGAAUGUGACAUGUUACCAGAUGACAAGGAAGAAAUCCCUUCUCCAGAAGUAGCUUAUUACCAUCUCCAUCUCCGUUCAAUUGCUAACCUCAUACCAGCUAUUGAUCCUGAGGCCUCCAUACUUUUACUCUUAGGAAGAGACAUUUUACAAGCACACAAGGUGCAUGAGAAAAUCAAUGGUCCCUUUAAUGCCCCUUAUGCACAGAGACUUGAAUUAGGAUGGGUAAUAGUAGGAGAAGUUUGCCUGGGAUCUACACACCAGACUAAUAGCGUCAGUACUUUAAGAACGUCUGUGUUACCGAAUGGGCGUACCACCUCAUUGAUCCCAUGUCAGUACAGGCUCAUAGUCAAAGAAAGUUUUGAUAACCUAACACAUUUCAGUGACUCUUCCUUGUGCAGACAAGAAGACAUCAGCUUCAAUCCAGAGACUGAUAAGCUGGGAACAACAGUGUUUCAAAAAUCGAAGGAUGAUGACAAGCAAGCUCUAUCCAUAGAAGAUCAAGCAUUUCUUCAGAUCAUGGACAAAGACACCCAUCAAGAUGACAGCCACAGCUGGGUCGCUCCAUUGCCUUUUCGUACACCCAGAUGUAAAUUGCCUUCCAACAGAGAGCAAGCCAUGAUACGUCUCGCCUCUCUUCGCAGAACUCUGCAUGGUAAGCCAGGAAUGAAAAGAGGCUUCACAGAAUUCAUUAAGAAGAUGCUGGACAAUGACCACGCUGAGAUUGCAAGACCACUGGAACAAGGUAAAGAACACUGGUAUCUGCCGAUGUUUGGCGUUUACCAUCCACACAAACCUGAUCAAAUAAGAGUUGUAUUUGACUCCAGUGCAGAGUGUGAAGGUGUCUCUUUAAAUAAUGUACUGUUAAGUGGCCCUGACCUAAACAACACAUUGUUAGGAGUUCUCAUACGCUUUAGGAAAGAACCUAUUGCCUUUACAGCAGAUGUGCAACAAAUGUUUUACUGUUUCUUGGUGAGAGAAGACCACCGAGAUUAUUUACGUUUUCUGUGGUACAAGGACCAUGACAUAGACAAAGAAGUAGUUGAAUACAGAAUGAGGGUCCAUGUCUUUGGAAACAGUCCUUCUCCUGCUGUUGCUAUAUACUGCAUGCGUAAAGCAGCUCUGACAAGUGCAGAACAAUUUGGACAAGAUGCCAAACACUUUGUGUUGAGACACUUCUAUGUAGACGAUGGACUUGCAUCUGCUAGCACCCCUGAGAUAGCAAUUGACAUUCUAAACAAGACAAAACAGAUGCUGGCAGAGUCUAAUCUGAGACUUCAUAAAAUUGCAUCAAAUAGCACACAGGUCAUGAACGCCUUUCCUGCUGAUGACAGAGCUAAAGACCUCAAGGACCUUUGCCUGGGUACAGACACCCUGCCCCUUCAGAAAAGUUUGGGACUGAGUUGGGACCUUGAAAGAGACUCUUUUGUUUUUCAGGUAUCUUCAGAAGAAAAACCCUUCACUAGAAGAGGAAUCCUGUCUACAGUGAACAGCCUUUCCGAUCCUCUUGGGUUUGUAGCACCUGUAACUAUAAAAGGUAAGGCCUUAGUACGUGAACUGUCAUCUAAGAAAUGCGAUUGGGACGCAUUACUCCCACAAGAAAAACUACACGAGUGGCUUCAAUGGAAGGAAUCCUUGCAAGCUUUGGAACACUUAGAGAUACCCAGGUGUUAUGUGUCUAUUCCCCUGUCAGCAGCAAGUAGAAAAGAACUGUAUGUAUUUUCAGAUGCAUCCAACACAGCGAUAGGUGCUGUAGCCUACCUGAAAACAAUUGAUGUUUGCAAUGAGUGUUCGGUUGGAUUUGUUAUGGGGAAGUCUAAGUUAAGCCCAAAACCAGCCCACACAAUUCCUCGUCUAGAACUAUGUGCUGCUGUUCUAGCAGUAGAGUUGUAUGAGCUCAUCAGAGAUGAAAUAGAUAUACGUAGAUUUAGAUGCUGUGUGAUUCUUUACAGAUAGCAA